AUGGCAGGGACAGGCGGAGCUUUGGCUGGCGCACUGCCAGCGUCGCAGCUGCUAGGAGGCGCGGCGGCUGGCGAGAUGGCGGCGCUUGGCGAGCAGUGGGGUGCAGGACCUAGCCCGCUUUCACCUGCCAGUGACGCACUCUUGAAACAGAAGCAACGCCAGCGGCAGCAGCAGCAGCAGCAGCAGCAGCGGCAGCGCUUGCGACAGCAGCAGCAGCUCCGGCAGCAGCAGCAGCGGCUAGUCCAGCGGGGGCGGCGGCACCAGCACCACCAGCCGCACCACUCUUCGCGAGGGCGCCGCUCCCUCUCAGAACAGGCCAUGGCCUGCUUGCCUGUCAUGCAGUCGGUCACAAUAGAGGCCUGGGGCAACCAGACGGCCCCUAUCCGCGCAGCCGCAACUGACGCCGCCGCACCAGGUGCUGGGGCAGCAGGCCAGCUGGCACCCGUCGCCGCCACCACCCUGCGCGGCACGGUCCGCAUCACCAACGGCGGGCCACGGUUCCUGGUGUUGGACAUGGUGACUGUCCGGAUCUGCAGCCCGGAUCACGAGCACCUGCGCGCCGCGGCGGCGUGCGACGACGCGGACAUGACGCUGGCACCCGGCGGCGGCACGGCGUGCUCGUGGGAGGCGCCGCUGCCCGAGGGGCGGACGGCGGACAUGUACAGCGGGCUCACCAGCUCCGCCACGCUGGCCCUAACCGGCGACUGCUGUGAGACGGCGAUCACACGCGUUGAUGCAUCCGUGGCCGGAGCAGCAGCAGGCUAA